GGCCCAACAUCCCAAGACCGGCCCGUUCGUGAAAUUGAAGGGAUGAAAUUGGACGUUUGUGCAGAACUUUGUCGCCGGCGUUCUGCAGAGGCAUGGCGUCGUACAUCGCAACAACCGGGCCGGCCGGAAUCGAUGGUCUUAACAGAAAACGCUACGGGUCUGAAUUGCGAGGCGUACCUCGCCGGGAGCCGUCUUCAAUCUCUUUGCUCAGAGUUGCGCAAUCCAUUUGCCGCCAGAAACUGGACGUUUCUCACAAACGUAGAGCCACUCCCGGCGGAUCGCCGGGCCUGUACUCGUCGCAGCAGUUCGAGCUCACUCCGGAAAACGUGGAUACGGUUCUUGACGACGUUCGCCCUUACCUCAUCUCCGACGGCGGAAACGUCGAUGUAGUGGCCGUCGAGGACGGCGUUGUUUCUCUCCAGCUUCAAGGAGCAUGCGGGAGUUGUCCUAGUUCAACAACCACAAUGAAAAUGGGAAUUGAAAGAGUGCUGAAAGAAAAAUUUGGAGAUGCUAUAAAGGACAUCCAACAAGUGAAUUUGGAAAACAUAACUGAGACUACUGUUGAGGCGGUGAAUGCUCAUCUUGACAUCUUAAGGCCUGCCAUUAGGAACUAUGGUGGGAGUGUGGAUGUUGUAUCGAUCGAGGAGAAUGGGGAUUGCCACGUGAAGUAUGUGGGACCAGAAUCCAUUGGGUCCGGCAUCAAAGCAGCAAUCAAAGAAAGGUUCCCAAAUGUUGUUAAUGUUGUGUUUACUUGCUAGAUAGGAAAUUCCAUCGCUCUUUUUGUUACGCAUUUUGCUUGUACAUGUUCACUGCGAGUGUGAAAGUAAGAAGCAAAAGAAGUUUCACGUGUGUCAAUUACAACUCUUUUAGCUCCAUUGGAAAUAGACAUUAAGCGUGAAUGAAGAAAAAAAAAUCUAAAUUACUCCGAAGUGUGUCCCUAACAUUGCUUCCUUCCUUCACAGAUACAUGCACAAACAAUAGCCUUAGUUUUUGUCUGUCAUAAAUGCCUAAUUAAGCAGUAGGCACAUGUCACUAGCGCAAUUUAAAGAGUAAUGGUUGGGGUCUACCAAAUUGUAUUCCAAGUUAUACAUUGUCACUCUCUCCACCAGACAUUUUUUAUCCAUGAUCCGAAAAUUAAAUCCUGAAUAAGAAAUGCGUAGUGCAAAGAGAGAUAGUAUACAACUUGAGUAAAAAAUGACCCAAAGGGACAUGAGGAGCCAAUU